AUGCCUACGAAAGGCGUACACCGAUUUGGGGUGUCGAGGAAGCUUAGUCCUAGCUAUAUUGGGUCGUUUGAGAUUUUGGAACGGGUUGGCACUUUGGCCUAUAGGUUGGCCUUGCCACUACAACUAUCCGGCGUUCAUAACGUCUUCCAUAUGUCCAUGUUGAGACAGUACGUGCCAGAUUCUCAGCACAUUAUUGACUAUCAGACUAUAAAGGUCGGGGAAGAUGUGGCGUACAAGGAGAUGCCUGUCUAUAUCUUGGAGCGGAACGAGAAAGUGUUGCGAAACUGGUCGAUUCCUUUUGUGAGGGUUCAGUGA